GAUAAACAUAUAAAUUAACACAUAUUAUAAAUAAACACAGAUUAAUAUGAAGUUGACCAUAAAUGAAGUGGUAUAAAGGAGGUUUUCCUCUGUGAAACAGUCUGAUUAAAACAUGAUGAUGAUGAUGAGGAGGAGCAGGAAGCCCAGUCCACUGGAGGAGGCCACACACUUCAGCCUUAAGAAGGAAGAUCAAGAUGGUCUGGAAGCUCAGUUUAUAAAUGAGUUUAAAGGGAGAGGUGUGUUUAGUUGUACUGACUUUGAUAAGGGAGAUUUCCUAUUGGAGUACAGAGGAGAUCUCAUAAGCAGAGAAGAAUGUGAGCGGAGGCGAAGAAUAUAUCAUGAUGCCCUCAAAGUGUUCAUGUAUGAAUUUCGAUUCAAUGGCAAAUUCCUUUGUGUUGAUGCAGCCCUGGAUGAUGGCUCCCUUGGGAGACUGGUGAAUGAUGACCAUAUAAAACCAAACUGCAGAAUGAAGACCAUCCGUGUGGAUGGUAACUCUCAUCUUUGUUUAUUUGCCAUAAGAAGCAUCUGUCCUGGUGAAGAGAUCACAUACAAUUACGGCGAUUCUGAGUGGCCAUGGCGAUGCAAGAUGACAUCGUCUAAGAAUUCACCACCUCCAGAACAAAAAGAUACAGCAGAUAAAAAGGCAUCCAAAAAGUGCCCGAUAAGCGAGUUGCCAUCAGACAGUGCUGCCUGUGAAGAACUGACCGUAGUAACAGAUGAGGUUACCCUUGGUAUGGCCCAAUUGUCCUCAGAGAAGCAGAAUUAUAUUGAGAAGAACGGUGGGGAGAAGGUUUAUCCUGUCAAAGAGUCGUUGGUUAAAGAGGAGCUGAGCUUUUACUUAUUAACACAAGGACUUGAACAGAUGACAUCAUUUAAGAAUUCACCGACACCAGAACAACAGGAUACAUCAGAUAAAAAGGCAUCCAAGAAGUUGAUGUGAGAUUGUGACAGUGUGAAGCCAGUGGACCUGAUGCUGAAGAUAACGUUGCUGCUGGUGCCUCUAAUCAUGUAUUCAGAAGAUGCCCACUGAAACACCUCCUGAAGUUUCUCAAGGUACCUGAGAUUUUACAUUGGAAUAUAGCCAGCAAUGUAAGUACAUGAACCUCCCACAAAAUUCAGGCUUAAUAAAGUAAGUAUUCUUAUGUACAGGUAAUGAGUCCAGGACAAAGAUUGGGAACCCAUGAAUAAGUUGAAGAGUGUGUUGGUCCAAUGCUGAGAUUUUUUUACAACUGUGAUGACACUUUUGAAAGCACAUAUAACUAAAGGGAAACUCGGCACUUUGUCUGAAUGCCAGCAGUGUUAGACUUUGUAAGAAAUGGAGGUCUUUGCUUGAAAAGGAAAGCCCAAAAUAAGUGAUACACAAGCAAGUACGUUAUUUCUUUGAGAUUUUUUUGUCCACUUAUUUUGUUUUUCAUUUACAUAUGCAGCAGAUUGUUUUUAAAUUCUACAGUUGUUCUUAAAUUCUGCUUUAACAUUUUAUUUUGAAUAACUGGUUUAGGUUUCAUCUUAUGUUUUAUUGAUUAUAUAUAUAGCUAUGCCUUAUUUUAUUUAGGUUGUUUUGAAUGGUUCAAUGGAUUAAGAUGCCUAUGAAAGUACAUAGUUGUACAUGAUGGAUGUCUGUUUCUUCACUUGGCAUGCUUGAACUAAAAAAAAGUUUUUCAAUAUUAUUAUUUCAAUAUUAUAAUAAAAAUUUAAUAUAAUAGUACUUGUGUUUAUCCUGGCAAUGCACUGUUGUCAAUUUUGUGUGUUGCAUUUGGAUAUGUUCCAAUAAAACACAUUUGUCCCUGUAGUACUGUAAGAUCUUUUAUUGUGUGUUGUAUUUGCAAAACGGUUCUUUCAAAUCACCUUGGUCCUGGCAGUGCACAGUAUUGUCAUGUUUGUGUGUUGUUUACUAUAAUGUGCCAGUAAAACACAUUUGUUCCUAUAAACCAGCAAAUUUACUUUUUCUGUGUGUUGUAAACUGCAUGGCGUCAUAAAUCAGUAGGACCUAGUAAACCCCAAUUUUCACAGGGGCGGGUACUUUUAGGAGUGGGCGGGGAAGUCCUUAUGUACCACUUAAAUAUCAUGUUAUCAUAUUUUGAGUUCUGUUGUGUGUAUAGGAAAUCCUGAGUGAGAUUCUUUUUCUGCAGAACAAAAGAAAUUUUUUGAUAGUAUUCUCAUCUCUGUAAAGCAUUGGGAAA